AGACCGCAGACAAAAAUGAAUGACUGCAGUUUGGAGAAAUUAAGUGUAAAACCUGGAAAAUUAAACCCAAAAUUUGGUGUUGAUCAACUUGAUUAUUCGGUUACGGUACCGAGUAAAGUAGAUAAGAUAACUUUUGAUGGAUUUGCAAGAGAUAGCGGUGCUUCCUGGUGCGUUUAUAAAAAUAACGGUGAAAGAUCAGUAAAUUUGGUAGAGGGAAAGAUCAAUGAGAUAAAAAUUGAAGUAACAGCAGAAGAUGGCAAGACUGUUAGAUAUUAUAAUGUCAAAGUGAAAAGAUUAUCAGCCAGGGACGCUUCCCUGGCCGAUUUGAAAUGUUCAACCGGUCAAUUUGAUCCGUCCUUCUCUCCAGAUGUUAAAGAAUAUUAUUGUUAUGUGUCAUGCGACAAGGAAGAGAUUAAAAUUUCAGCUAGUGUUGAUGAUAAAAAUAUGAAGAUAUCUGUAAACGAUAGCGAACAAGAUAAACCAAUUCCUUUGAAUGUUGGUCAAACAAAAAUAAUGGUGGAGAAUUACAAAGUACUGGUUACUAGAAAACAAUUACCCAGGCAUAUUAUAUUUGUUGAUAAAGGUUUAAAUUGGAAAUUUGAAGAUCCUCUGUCCCUUUCGGCACUAUAUUGCCCUAUUACUAUAAAAAAUUCGAAACCAAAGCAUACCUAUUCGGCUCCUAUUAUAAAUCAAUUAACAAAGACCAAUAAAGUUGACCCUUUGAAUGAACAACCUCUGCCAUUGGAUUGGAGAAUAGAAGACGAAGAAAUUGAAGCAAAAUUGACUGAUUCCAUUGCAAAGAUUCCCUUGAGUGAUGGAACCUAUACGGAAGAAAUGAAAUUAUCUCAGCUAUUGAAUAAGGGAAAAGAAUUUUGCGGUAAAAUCUCAAUUAAGGCUCCUCAGAGAAAGUUUAAUGAUAAAUGCCCUCUAUCACAUAAAAUCGUUGAAAAGAGCUGGGAGAAAUCUUUACAGCAGAUUUAUGAUGAAACAGAUUCUUCUAAAUUACUACAAAUGGCUGAAAAAAGCCGUAAAAGCUAUUUUAAUUCCUUGUCUUUGAUAGAUAAAACUCCGACAUUCAUCUCUGGUGAAUCUCCUUUAGAUUAUUUAGAUCAUUCUAUCUAUUGCUAUGCAACAGCUAUACAACACAAACCAAAAGAUGGCUCUCUUCAUUUGAAUUUAGCUAUGCUAUUAGAAGAGAGAUACUUUGUAGAGGAUAGUCUUGGAUUAAGUAAGGAUACAAAAAAGGCCGAAGAACCUGGUGCAAAUUUCGAAGCUAGAGAAAGUUCAAAAGAAGAAGAGUGCGAUGCUAUUUGUGAAUUGAAAGGCGUUUCAAAAAGCGCACCUUUAUCCGAAAAAUUGAAAGCUAUCGAUGCUGAAUAUAAGCAACUAGUUGACAGUGGACAACGACCUAAGGCUGAUCAUGUUCAAAUAUUAUAUGCAUGGAAGAGUAAACAAGGAACAAAAGAAGGUCGCUUAGCACAAAAAGUAGAAGAUGAAAUGUCAUUUCUUGGACAAGCAUACGUUAAAUAUCUAGACGCAUUAUCCAUAGAUGACGGAAAAUCCUCAACACAUUUCCACUUAGCUAGAAUGCUUUCUAUAAGAGGAAACUAUGAAGAAGCCAUAAAUAGGUUUGAAGUUGCUUUAGUGUUUAAUGCAAAGUUGGAUGUUGCGAGAUACUACUUAGGAGCUGCCCUUGUUCUUCGAGAUAAAGGACCAGGGGAUCGUAAAAAAGAAGCUAUAGCAUACUUAGUGGAAUGUUUAGAGAGUUUACAAACUCAGUUAACGGACGAAGCAUUAAAUAGCAGUAUUAGUGAAAGCAGAAACAAAUUACAAGCUGAAAAUUGGGCGAGAGCGUCAAAUGGAUUUCUGCUAAGAAGUUUUAUUCAACUUGGCAGAUUACUUAAAGAGGAACCUAUCAAAGAGUGCCCUUCUGCUGAGGACAUAUUUCAUGCAGCUGCUUUACUUGCUUCUCAAGCGUUGCCAGUUACUUCAAAGGGAGAUUCCUAUCAACAACUAGAAUGGGUCAUCAUCGAUGCCCAUUCGAACCUCUUGGAUAUAUUGUUAUCGUCAGAAAAUAAGGACAAUUCCCUUAUUGCUGAACGUUGUAGGAGAUUGAGUUCUUUAAUAAGUCAAUGCUCAAUCACUUCGACAACCAAUCUUCUUGCAGUUCAACUAAAAACAAUAGAGAAAUUGGUAUACAUUCAACCUUGUGAUGCGCAUUCCUUAUAUUUGCUGGGAAGUGCUCAAUAUCGUAAUUACGAAGAAAAUAACAAAGACUCUUCCCUCCAAGAUGCUAUAUUAUCAUUUAAAUCUAGUAUAAAUCUAGAAGAUAAAUCAGUUAGCGGACCUGCUCCAGCUGAUAUAUCUGGUCAAGAAUGGUUUAAAUCAUAUACAACCGAAAAGAGGCCAGACAAAGCAACUGAACCAGCCACCCCAGCCAGUAAGACCCAACCUCCGGCUUCAAGAGGCACUGCUCGUGGAGCAAGUCGUGGAGCUGCUGUAUCAGGAAGAGGGACUGUUGCAAGGGGUGCUGCAGCUAAUAGAGGAACAAGAGGGAGAGGAGCUCCAGUAGGACGAGGAACAGUAAACAAGCCAGCGGCACCCACAUCCAAAGUACCACCUGCAAAAGCCACUGCAAAAGCUUCAGAAGUAAGAAGACAUUCAUGCGAGCCAACGGAGAAGAAGGCUCCUGAAGAAAAGAGUACAAAUAUCCCAAAGAAAGAAGAUAAAGUUGAAGAUGAUAGAGUCAAUCCCAAAUCGUACUUGCCAAGAUUGGGUUUAGCUAGAGCCUUGUCAAGGAAAUCAGACAAGAUUGAGGAAUCAAAGAAAUAUUAUCAUGAGACUAUUAAAAUGGCUCCCGACAUCCACGAUGCAUAUAUAGAAAGUGGCGAGAUGCUUGUAAAAACUGAUCCAAUGGGAGCGGUGGAGAUUUAUAACAAAUUUCCAGUUGGUGACAAUCCAAGUUUCGACGAUGCGUUCAUAUUUGGUGAAAUAGUUCGAAUCUUAAUGAAAGAAGAGAAGUACGAUGAUGAAAGACUGGAAAAAAAUCUUAUAAGGAUGGGAAAAGUAUUAGGAUUAGGAGCUUUGGAAAAUUACGUUAAGAAGUUAGAGGAUAAACUCAAGAAUCAAUUGUUAAUGAACGUCUACGCUGGUGUUAAUGGAAAGUCGGUUGACGAUCCAGAUUUACAAACUUUCUUCAAAUUUAAAUGUUGGAAAUAA